AUGGCGCCCUCAGCCGAGUUAACGGGCCGUGAUGCUCUCGCCACCCGAGCCGUUCCUAGCAUGGUGUUUAGCGAUGGCAGCCUUUCCUCUAUGACCCCUCCGCCCCAGUCUGUAUUGGAAAGCGAUGCAGCGAAGGGAGCACAAAAGAGAUUCUCAGUUCGAGGAAAUGCAGUCGUUACAGGUGGAGCCGGUACCUUAGGGAUGUACUCAUGUGAUGCCCUUCUUGAGCAUGGGUUGCGCGGCCUCAUGAUAUUCGACGCGGAUUUGACGAAUGCGCAAAAGAAAAUCAAUGAACUGCAAAAAAAAUUUCCUGACGCCAAAAUCGCCGCGAUGAAAGUCGAUAUAACUGAUGAAGCGGCCGUCGAAGCAGCAGUGGAGGAAGCAGCAGUGGAGGAAGCAACUGGAACGCUAGGAUCGAUCGAUGCCCUAUUCUGCUUCGCCGGUAUUGUUGGCUGCGUGGAAUCAUUGAGCAUGCCCAUUCCGCAGUGGAGGAAGAUUGUCGAUGUUAAUACUACGGGGUCUUUCAUCUGUGCUCAGACUGCAGCUCGACGAAUGGUGACACAAGGUAACGGCGGCUCCAUUACCUUUAUCGCCUCCAUAUCAGGACAUCGUGCGAACUACCCUCAGUCUCAAGCUGCAUACAACGUUAGCAAGGCAGCAGUGCUGAUGCUGAAGAGCUGCCUUGCCGCAGAGUGGGCUCGGUACGGAAUUCGGACUAAUAGCAUCAGUCCCGGAUACAUGGACACAAUCCUCAAUGAGGGCGAUGGGAUUGCCGAACAUCGGAGGGUCUGGGCGUCAUGCAAUCCGACUGGUAGGAUGGGAGCUCCGUCGGAGCUGACAGGAGCUGUGGUGCUUUUGGCAAGCGACGCAAGCACAUACAUCAAUGGUACCGACAUAGUUGUCGAUGGUGAAGGAGUUGUUUUCUGA